CCAUUCCCCGAUGCUCCGCCGUCGCCCAUCUCCAUCUUCCAAAUGAUGCUGCCCGCUCGCGCGCCUGCUCCACUGCCAUAGCCGCCCGCCGCGCCAUCCCUGAUUCCUUGCCGUGUCGUUUCGCCCGUCAGAUGGACCCUGAGUCCGAGGUCUCGUUCGAGUUCGUGCCGGUGAUCCGGCAGUACAGGAGCGGCCGCGUCGAGCGCCUGCUCCCCGUGGACGCCGUCCCGCCCUCCGUCGACGCCGCCACCGGAGUCGCCUCCAGGGACGUCGUCUUCGACCCGGCCACCGGCGUGUGGGCCCGCCUCUACCUCCCCGCGCGCCCUCCCGACGGCGCGGGCAACAGGCUCCCCAUCAUGGUGUACCUCCACGGCGGCGGCCUCGUCGGCGGCUCGGCCGCGGACGCACCCGAGCACGCGUUCCUCAACCGCCUGUGUGCCCGCGCGCGCGUCCUCGGCGUGUCCGUCGAGUACCGCCUCGCGCCGGAGCACCCCGUCCCGGCCUGCUACGACGACGCGUGGGCCGCGAUCCGGUGGGCCGCCGAGGGCGCCGAACCGUGGCUCCGGGACCGCGGCGACCGCGCGCGGAUGUUCGUGGUCGGGUACAGCGCCGGCGGCAACGUCGCCCACAACGUGGCGCUCCGCGCCGGCGAGGAGGCCGACGCGCUCCCCCGCGGCGUCCGGGUCAGGGGGCUCGGGCUCCUGCAUCCCUACUUCCUCUCGGCCGAGAAGGCCGACGGCGAGCACUCGUGGCUGAGGGGCAAGCUGGAGGAGCUGUGGCCGUUCGCGUGCGGCGGCCGCACCGCCGGGCUGGACGACCCGCGGGUCAACCCGGUGGCCGACGGGGCGCCGAGCUUGCGGCGGCUCGGCUGCGACCGCGCCCUCGUCUGCCUCGCCGAGGACGAGCUGCGGCUCCGAGGCAAGGCGUACCACGACGGGUUGCUGGGGAGCGGGUGGGCGGAGGGCGACGCCGAGCUGCUCGACUCCGUCGGCGAGGACCACCAGUUCUUCCUCCGGGAGCCCCCGAGCGCGACGGCGCUGGUUCUCUUGGACCGGCUGGCCGCGCUCCUCGGCGCCGGCGCGAACCAGCACUAGACCAGACGUCAGGUGCUGGCACUAGUGCGUUUGGUGUUGUACUAGUACUCUGUUCUACUCUGCGUGUAUCUGGAUUCUGGAAUUUUAUGCGUCUGGCGUGUGGACUAAGAUUGAUAAGAUAGUUUUAUCUUAAAUCUUACAUAUCAUUUAGAGAUAACAAAAAAAAUCUACAAUGAAUUAU